ACCGCGCAUGCGAAGGGGAGGAGGGUAGACUGCAAGGCAAAGCCGCAGGUGUUGAGUUGGAGCUAUCCAUGGUAGCGCUCCGUCCCGGCUCGUUCUGAUGCCACUGCAUUCUGUAAACCUCGGGCAUCCCCCUUACUGUCUUGGCUCAACCAGCACCUACAACGCGUACUGGAAGGAAGUCAACCAGAAGUUGAUGGACCAGCUCGAGUACGAGACUCCCAAGGACAUGACGAUGGUGCCGAAGGAUCGCGAACAUGCCUUCCAGCAUCUCGUCGUGCUCUAUGUGCGAUACAACCAAAUCUUCAAGAAGCUCGAGACGGCAUAUGAUCAAAUCGUUCAUCCGCAGAAGCGGCGGUUGAUGCGGGAGGUCUUGAUUGCGGUCAUUUCGCGUCUGAUCGAAGUCAAACAUAAAAUGGUUGAGCUGGAGCUCUCCGACUUCCACAACUUCACCGACAUCCUUCUUGAUCUCAAACUGAUUCCGGACGACUUGCGGCUGAACACACCCCGAUUUUACUUUGAAGAGCACAGUGAGGACCUUGAAAUGAGGCGCAAAAUACUGGACUCGCUGAAUGCACGGACGCUCGGCGCUGGCGAAGGCCCUGUCUUGUUUCCGGAAUACAAAAUGUCCGAGGCCGUUCGAAUGAUUCAGGUGAACGAGCGCGGCCGACAGGGCAAACUGCGAGCCAAGUACAUGCGGGAUCUCAAGGCGCAGGCCCUCAAAGAAAAGGAAAUCGAAGGCAACGACGACGAGUCUGAAGCAAUCAAGGCAACACUUAUGAUCCAGCGAGUAUAUCGUGGAUAUCGAGAACGCAAGCUCUUUCGACAAAAAAUGCAGGAGGAGCUCAUAUUCCUGGAGCUCGAUCGCACCCGGCUAUUCAUUCCGCCAUCAAACUACAACACAGGUAUGGCGCCUCUGAACGUCAAAGAGUCCAAAAGCAGCCCCGGCUCCCUGGCCGAAGCGAACAGCAACCGCAGAAAGGUGAUACAGCAGAAGCAUGAAGAAGAGUACCAACAGGCCUUGAUCACGACCAAGGAAAAAAUUGCAAAAGUAGAGGGACCUGACAUGAAGGAAGCCAUGCAAGACAACUUCCGCCAGUGGUACAUGGAGUACAAACGCAUCAACGGCAAGUUCCCAGACUUUCCGGCGGACAAAGUCUGGCAGGUGACUGGGUUCCAGUUCCCGACGGACGGAUCCAUUCCAAUGCUGCCGGAAUCGGAAGGGGGAGAAGGUGGCUCCAAGCCAGCGACAGCAGCAUCCAAGGGCGGCAAAGACAAGGACAAGAAGGGUGACAAAAAAAAAGACAAGGGGAAGGACAAAGGAAAGGGCGACAAGAAAAAGCCAGGCUCGGGCAAGAAAGGCGGGGACGAAGAAGAGGAGGAGGACCAGUUCAAGUUUGACGACUCGCCCUUCAUCCGAGAGAUUGCAAACGAGAACACGCAGUACCAAGCCAAGUGGCACUGCAAGGAGGAGAUGCAAAACUUUGCCCAGAAGCACGACCAGGAAAUCAUCAAGACCGAGAAACGAAAAGAGGUCGAAGCCGAGGUCAAGAAGGAGGUCUUUGAGAUUCUCAAGGAGGAACUCAAGAAUCUCAAACUUGCAGUCGAGCGCGCCAAGAGCAAGGGCAAGAAGGGCAAGGGCAAGGGGAAGAAGGGAAAAUCAGGCAAGAAGGGCGGCAAAAAGGGCAAAGGCAAAUCGGCAAAAGGAAAGAAGGGAAAGAAGGGAAAGAAGGAAAAAGAUCUCACCUCGAAUCGCACGAUGGAGUCUCUAGUUGAGGAGCUCGUGCAGUGCGGCAUUCUCCAGAAGCCGCAGAAAACGUUGAUGCGGGACUUCAAGGGCGACUUCAAUUUCCUGGCAAACUCGGCUUCGACAUCCCCUGUCAUCGACUCGACCUUGGGCGAAAUCCAGCGGGUCUUGACCGAAUACUUUUUGUUGCCGGCGGGUUUGCCCGACCUCGACAAAGUUCCCAGUGUCGCUUCAAUGCUGCUGUUCGGGCCGAGAGGAACGGGCAAGACCAUGCUCGUGAACGCCGUCGCCAACGAGCUCGGAGCAUACAUCCUCAACCUCACUCCGCGCGUGACCGCCGGACAGUAUGUUGGCAAACCAAACGUCACCAAAAUGGUGCACAUGGCGUUCAAAGUGGCCAAAGCCCACAAACCCUCCAUAAUCUACAUCGACAAUAUCGAAAUGGUAUUCGCCAAGAAGGUGCCCAAGGACGACCAGACGGAUCCAAAGCGCAUCAAGAAGGAUUUGUUGAAGCAAAUGAAGGGGCUCAAGGCCUCAGAAGGCAUCAUUGUUCUGGCAUCGUCUUUCAAGCCGUGGGAGGGCGACGCCAAAGCCAUGCUCCCGGUAUUCAACAAGGUUGUCUAUUGCCCCAACCCAGAUUACUCCUCUCGAUUGAUUCUGUGGCGCGACUUUAUCAAGAGAAAGGUUCAGAAGGGAUACGAAAACGUCAACCUCUCGCUGUUGACCAGGAUGUCGAGCGGUUUCUCGGCCGGCAUGAUUCUGCUGGCUUGUGAGCGGGCCCUCACCGACCGCCGCAUCAAACUGAUCCGAAACUGUUCGCUGACAACUGAUGAGUUUGUCGAUCAAAUCCUCAAUAUCCCCCCGGUCAACGCAGAGGAAAGCAAGCUAUUCAAGGAAUGGUUUGAAAAGACCCCGAUGAUGAAGAAGCGAGCGCUCCUGCUUGCUGCUCCAGAGGAAGACGACGGGGGCAAGAAGGGCGGAAAGGAAAAGGGCGGCAAGAAGCCUGACAAGAAGAAAAAGUAGAUGCAGAAACACUUGAUAAUCUCAUCGCCUAGUCUGGGCUGACUGGUUCUGCCUUCCGCAUCUAUACACUGCUGUGCUCUGCGCCAGGAAUGUGCUGGUGUACCGUCUACCAUCCGCACAUGGACGCAAGACAUUAUAAAUCGAGUUGCCCUCAUCUGUCUGACCCAUACGGAAAGGAGUGAGAGGCAUGCAUUUCAGCGAGAGCAGAGCAAAACGGGACGGUGUCCCGUUUGAGAACCGGUUACGAGCCCACGAAAGUAAUCACGAGCCUGAGGCCUGAUGAUGUAUAGGUUGUGGGUCAGACACGCGAUGCUCCCAUCUUGGCUGGCAAUCCGAACUUUGUCGUGGGCAGAAGGUAGCCACAGAGUGAGAUCCUG